UCAAAUUUAUAAACUCUAUUUUUCUUUUACCAAAAUAUCUACACGCCAUUAUUACUUUGAGAUAAUGGCGACUCUGGUUUCGCUGCCUUCCGCCUAUCUCACCCCGCGCCUUACUAUCGACAAACUCUUCUUUGGUCCUCUCCUCCCCAUUUCCACAAGCACAAAGCAUAAUUGGGACUUAAACAGAUCUGGGAAAUCGAGGUUUUGUACGAUAAAGUCCAGACUCACAACAAGAACCAAAGAGUCACCUUCGACAAACCCCGAUACAUUACUAAGAGAACCUCACAAGUAUUUUGAUCAAGUAAUCAUCACCGUCCGUUCGGGUGAUGGCGGCCAUGGUGCCGUCCUUACCAUGCCUAGCCAACAACAAGCUACGAAGUGGCAAGGAAAACAUGAGAAUAAAGAGAAGUCAAAGAAGAAACUUUCGUAUAAAAGGGAUUUUGAUGGGUCACUUAUCCUUCCAGUGGGUGGUCAUGGUGGAGACGUAGUAAUUUAUGCUGAUGAAGGGAAAGAUACGUUAUUGGAACUUCAUAAGAAGAGUCGACAUAAUGCAAAGCGUGGUGGAAAUGUCGCUGCUAUGGGUGUUUUAACUUCUCAGCUGCGUGAUGGCCUUGCUGCCCCAACUUUGCGUAUCCCUGUUCCUGUUGGCACUGUUGUGAAACGCAAACGUGGGAAGUUAUUGGCUGACCUAGCGCAGCCUGGUGAUGAAGUACUUGUUGCUAGGGGUGGUCAAGGAGGGAUUAGCUUGAUAGAAAUGCCUGAAUACAGAAGGAAAAAGUUGAUGUCUUUAACCACAAACGUAAUGAGAGAUGAAAGUGAUAAGGUUUUAGUUCUUGGUCAGCCUGGAGAGGAGGUUAGUUUGGAGUUGAUUCUUCGAGUUGUUGCUGAUGUUGGGUUAAUUGGGCUUCCAAAUGCAGGCAAGUCAACGCUUCUAGCUGCCAUUACACUUGCAAAACCAGAUAUUGCUGACUAUCCUUUCACGACAUUGAUGCCAAACCUUGGGCGGCUUGAUGGUGACCCUGAUUUAGGGCCAGGUCAAUAUUCAUCUGAAGCAACAUUGGCAGAUUUGCCUGGUCUUAUAGAAGGUGCUCAUCUGGGCAAGGGUCUAGGUCGCAAUUUCUUGAGGCAUUUGAGGAGGACACGUUUGUUGGUCCAUGUUGUUGAUGCAUCAGCUGAUGACCCUUUAAAUGACUACAUAACUGUCAGAGAGGAACUGAGGAUGUACAAUCCAAAUUACCUAGAACGACCAUAUGUUGUAGUACUGAACAAGAUUGACCUUCCCAAGGCGAGGGAUAAGCUUCCGCAUUUAACUGAAGAAAUCUUAAAGAUUGGAAGUGAUAUAGUACAUUCUGAGUUGGGAAUGAGUUCUAGAGAUGAAGUGCAAUCAUUGCCCACUGAAGGUGGCGAAGCGACUACAUUGUCUCCAGCGAUUUCUGUUGAAGAUAAAAUGGAUAAAGGAAUUGAGGACUAUCCACGGCCCGCUGCUGUUGUUGGUGUUAGUGUUUUGAAAGGCAUCAGAGUAAACGACAUGUUGAAGGAGAUAAGGGCUGCCUUAAGGAAGUGUAGAGAUUCGAACGAUGCAUUGGAAUUAAGUGCGAGGUCAAGGGAGUAAUACAGUUGUGAAUGUACUAAUUCAAUACAUCCGGACUCAAGUUGCCAAUGUGAAGCUUACCCCAGAUUUUCUCCCUUUGCCCAUGAAUUCUGGAACAAUUUUGGCUCACACUAAUAAUAUGCUACAAGAUUGACUCCUUUAAAAGCUCAACAGUCAACACUGCCAUAUUUGAGGGCUGCAACUUCAGUGCAAAAGUUUUCACUGUCUAUAUAUCUUCGCUGAGAUUUUCAAACUACGGAUUAAUCCAAAUUAUUGCUUUAGCUUUAUAUGACCCAAUUAGGUGCUUAGAUGAAUGAAAAGGUCAGCUUAUUGUAUUUUGUGCUCUCCGCUGUUUCCACUUUUCGGCUUGUGUAUCAUUCAUUUUUGUAUCCUUUCUCUUCUUUCCUUCAAAUUCUUGACCUGUAUAUGGAGAUUUAGGGUCAGCCAUUGUUGGAUUAAUGGGAAAAAACAUGAAAUGAAAUGAAAAUACCAGUUUCCUAA